AGAAAUCGUAAAUACUUUAAAUAUUGAUCAUAAAACAUUAAAAAAAUGAGGUCACUUAUCCUCUGCAGUCUGCUUUUAGCUGUAUUACCUCAAGCCAUAACAGCUAGGUACGGCCGUGUUCAUGUUAAAGAUGGGAUGUUCUACUCCAAGGAUGAUGGACGAAUUCUAAUGUUUAGGGGAAUUAACUCUGUAAUAAAAAAUUUUCCUUGGUAUGAUCCUAAGAUGUUGGAUCCAAUACGACAAAAACAGUUAAAGGACUGGGGCUUUAAUGCAGUUAGAUUGGGAAUGAUGUGGUCUGGCCUUGAGCCAAGCGAAGGAGAGGUAAAUGAGACAUAUUCUGGAUUAAUAAAAGAUAUCGUGAACGGGUUGGAAGAAAAUGGAAUAUAUACUUACUUGGACAUGCAUCAGGAUACACUAACUGGAAUAGAUGGAUACUGGGGAAUACCUAAGUGGUUGAGUGAUAAGCUGGACAAAUCAGACCGUCCAUAUCCUUGGCCAAUGUUAAGCACUUCAGGGUUUACAACUUGGGCCUGUGGAUACUUUACAGAGGAAAUCAGUAAUGCUUUUCAACAACUGUACACUAACAACAAGGGAGCAGCUGAUUAUUUUGCUAAUUUCUGGCUUCAAGUUACUAAAAGGUUUAUGAAUAACACUGCAGUUCUUGGAUAUGAGCUAAUAAACGAACCCUGGACUGGAGAUAUUUACAUGGACCCUAGCUUACUGCUUCCUGGAAAUGCUGGAAAGGAACUUUUGGAACCUUUUUUUAACAAAGCAAGUGAUGCUAUCAGAUCUCUUGACAACGAGACUAUGAUUUUCUGGGAACCUGUCACUUACGCUUACUUUGUUAAUUCAGGUCCUAAUUCUCUUCUUGAUCUGGUUCUUGACGCUUAUCUGAACACUCACAAUAUUUCAAUUUUCUUUCCUAUUCUUAAGCAGGCGUGUGGGGAGUUGGAUGAGUCUUUUUUGAGCCAGGAUUCAACGUUCAUAAACUGGUUCGAAUCAAUCGCACAACGGUUCAGUGAGAUGAGAAAUAUAAAGGUUGAAGGACCAAGCCUUCUUGGCCCAGGAUUUUCGGCUCCACCAGGAGGUAUGGAGUACUUAGACAGGACUGUACUAUCUUGGCACUAUUACUGCUGGGCUAUAGGAUAUGGAGGUGAUGAAGAUUUUGACCCGGUUCUUCGAGAAGGAUGUGACAAGAUCUUAGGACCAGCAGUUUUCAACACAGUUCAGGAAAGAGCAAAAGAGUUGGGAGGAAGUGCAACAUUUUUAACCGAAUUCGGAACCUGUAAACCUAAUGCAACACUAACUAACAGUACAGGUACAAUAGAAUGUAAUUUUGUGUUGGACCAGGCUGACCUACAUCUUCAAAGUUGGUCGUUUUGGGAUACUGCUGGUGGUGGCCUUCUUUGGGACAGCAACGGGGAACCUAUACUAGAUGCCGUUAUAGUGUUUACCAGACCUUAUCCUCAAGCAACUGCUGGAGUUCCUCUUAGUCUGGAGUUUGAACAUGUAACAAGGGAAUUUGUGUUUAAAUAUAAACCAGAUUUGACAAUAAUGAAGCCAACAGAAAUAUAUGUACCUCCUCUGGUAUACAAUCAGGGUUACCUUGUAGGGGUUCCUGAUGGAGUACACUGGGAAGCUGAUUUAGAAAAUAAAAUCCACGUUUAUUCUUUAACCAAUGAUGAUGUAACUGUAACAAUUUCUCCUUUACUUUGAACAAAAAAAAAUUUGCAAGUUUCGAGAAAAAUAAAACUCAUGUGAUUGCUUUCUUUUUUA